ACAUGCUGAUGGGGCAGCAAAUCAGAAGCUGGGAAAUGUAAUCUUGCGGUGGGGUGGUCCAAGCGCCGGCAGCUCCAAAAUGUCAACUCCCAUGACCCAAAGCUCCAGGGAUAUCGAGACGACGUCAAGCGCCACCGGGGAGCUCUGUCAACCUCGCCUCCGCCACCCCACUCUCAAUACUUCUGCUGUCGGUGUCCCGACCGCACUUUUUGCAGCAGCGUGCAGGCCCAAUUGACCUGAUCGCCAGUCUCCUUUCGAUACCAGCCUCUUAGUCGUCCCGCGACGGUCUCUCGAAGCACCAAAAGUCCCUCCCAGCUUGCCAACACCCCUCGAACCCAGCGACCGAAUCGACGUUGACACCAUGCUUCCCAACACCACCAUUGCGGCCCGCCCUCUGGUGCGCGCAGUUCGCGCCGUCGCCCCCUCUUCCACAGUCAUCUCUCAGGCUGUCGCCAGGAGAACGUAUGCGACACCGGCUGGGCCCCCGCCCAAGAACUUCCGUCUGCCGCCCCCCAAGACGUGGGAACAGGAGUCCGAGAGCACCUUUGACAAGCUUGGAAAGUACUUUUUGAUGACGGAGAUGAUGAGGGGGAUGUACGUGCUCAUGGAGCAGUUCUUCAGGCCACCGUACACGAUCUACUACCCAUUCGAAAAGGGCCCCAUUUCUCCCCGUUUCCGCGGUGAGCACGCUCUCCGGAGAUACCCCUCGGGUGAGGAGCGUUGCAUUGCCUGCAAGCUUUGCGAGGCUGUCUGCCCAGCGCAAGCCAUCACCAUCGAAGCUGAGGAGCGUGCGGACGGUUCCCGCCGCACCACCCGCUACGACAUUGACAUGACCAAGUGCAUUUACUGCGGUUUCUGCCAGGAGUCUUGCCCUGUCGACGCCAUUGUCGAGUCUCCCAAUGCCGAGUACGCCACCGAGACCCGCGAGGAGCUGCUUUACAACAAGGAGAAAUUGCUUUCCAACGGAGACAAGUGGGAGCCGGAGCUGGCUGCGGCUAUCAGGGCGGACUCUCCCUACCGGUAAAGAUGCGUGUAGAGGAAAUCAAGGGGCUCUUGCGGAUGGUUAGAUGUUGGCUCAGAAGAGCUGUAAAUAGUGUUAUACAUAUGUCCCACCACCCAAAAGUUAUGUUUUUUGUCCCGUGC